AUGAAUGGAUUUACUAUUGAUGCUAUUUUAGGCAAUCAGAUUGUACAACAAAAUAAUCUAACUUUAAACAAUACACAAAUGAUUGAUAAUAAUCACACUGAACAAAUUAAAACUUUGUAUCAAAAUUCAACAAUCAAUACUAAUAUUAAUGGAAAUAAAUUAAACAGUAAUAGAAUAACAACAUUUGAAUCAAUUCAAACAAUUUUACCUAAAUAUACAUUCAAUGAACGUUUAAAUUAUAGUGAAUUAUCAGAACAAGAUCAUAAUAACAAUUCUAAUAAUUCUAUUAUACAAAAUAAUAAUCAUAUUGUAUACAGUUCAAAAAUUUAUAAAAAUCGUAGUCCACGUAUACCAUUUUCACCAGAUCAAAUAUUUGGAUUAGAACGAAAAUUCCAGAAUUCAAAAUAUUUAAGUGGAUGGGAAGUGAAACAAUUGGCGAAAAAUUUAAGUCUUACAGAAACACGCGUUAAAAUAUGGUUUCAAAAUCGUCGAGCCAGAGAACGUCGCGAUUCUAUUGAAUUUAAUUCAAACAAUUCUAUAAAAUCUUUAAAAACAGAUAAUGAUUAUUUUACACAAUCUUAUCAUGAACAUGAUGAGUAUAUAAUACAAAACAGUUAUAAUUUAAGUUCCAUAGCAAUUGAUAACCAAAUUGAUUAUCAAUAUAAACACAAUAAUACACUUUCAAAUUCCUGUAUAUCAUCUUUACCAUUUACUGCAUUCCAUUCAAACUUACAAAAAUCGGAUUUCAUUUUCAAUUUUAUUCCGGAUGUUAAACAGCCAUUAAAUCAGACCAAUAACGAGUUAUUAAUCCCAGGAUCAAUCAAGAAUGAUUUCGUGAAUAUAGAUAAACAAGAUGAACUAUUAACUGGCAUAUCUAACAUAACUGUUAAUAAAGCCAUGCAACAUAACAAUAAUAGUAACGAUAAUAAUAAUGAUAAUAAUUAUUUCAUCAUACCUGUAACUCAUAAUACGGAUGCAUAUUCAACUAUGAUGUUUGUAAGAUAUCUAGCAUUUUCUGGAAGGAUGGUUGGUUUAAAUCCUGUUGUCGAGGACGACCAUCUUCUGUCCGGGGAACCAUGUAUUUACGUCUUGAAUCAUCAAAGUUGCAUAGAUAUCGCAGGUGUGGGCGACAUAUGGCCAAAACGCUGCUCGGUAGUUUCCAAAGCUUCACUUAAAUUCAUGGGAUUUUUGGGAAUGGUUAUGUGGCUGAGCAAGACUAUUUGCAUUGAUCGAUCCCAUCAUACUGAUGCUAUUUCUGCCAUGGAGAAAGCUGCCAUAGAAGCCAAACAGGAUAAGGUUUCGGUUUUCAUUUUUCCUGAGGGCACAAGAUCCGAUGCCGGUUAUCUUUUGCCUUUUAAAAAGGGAGCAUUUCACAUGGCAAUCGAGUGUCAAUUUCCGAUCCAACCUAUUGUUGUUGAACCGUAUGCAAAGUUCCUUGAUCACAAAAAGAAACUUUUUAAAAGUGCCACUUACAAAGUGAAGGUUCUACCGAAAAUUGACACUAAGGGGAUGAAUAAAUCACAAGUCGAUCAACUUCUCAAUGAAACUCGUGAAAGAAUGGUUGCUGCAUUUGAAAUGAUGAAAGGAACAAUUUCAAACUGA